AUGAAAUGUGAUCAAUCCAAUGAAAGUUUAUUAUUUCCUGUACACCACAAACAUAGGCAUUCAUUAUCGGUGCUACAUUUGGAAGAUAUUGAUGAAUUAGACAUCGAAAAAAUAAUAUUGAAUGUGUAUUACACAGCGAUCAAUCUUAUUCAACAUUCAAAGAUAUCAACAUUAUCAAAGGAACGUGGUAUUUUUGUUUUAGGGUCAUUAAGUAAAUAUGUUUACAAACAAUUAAAUACAAACUCAAGAUUCUUUGAUUACUCUACACGAGCAAUAAAUGACGACAGUGAUGAACUGGAAGUAGACGAGGACGAGGAUGAUGCAAGUGAUACAACAAACAGUGAUGCUGAAGACGACGAAGAACAAUUAGAGUCAAUUGGUGAAACCGGCGAAAAUAUUGAUGAAGAAGUCAUGACUUCAACAAAAUUAACUUUCUCCCGCAUCAGUAUUGUAGAUAAAGUUAGUCUGCACUUGAACAAUUCAUAUUUGAAAAUCAAAAUUAACGAAGACUGGCAAUAUUUGCUUAAAGAAUCAGCAUGCCGAGUUUUAACUGACACAAAAACUCAUUCAUCAAGUGAUCGUCCCUCUCGUGUAAUUGAAGCAGGCCAGAACGAUCAAUAA